GAUUUAUAGGCAGUAGUGCUUUAUUUACGUAUUAUUUACGUUUUUAAUAAAAAUGGAAGUUAGAUUUAAUAAAACAGACUCCAAAAAUUUACCAAAAAAAAAUUUUUUGGUGUGUGUGCAAAGUUUUCAAGUGUAGAAAUGAAAGGCACUAAAUUAGUACGGUAUGCAUGAAUGUUUUUAAACGUUGUUUGCAUUUUAUUCAGCAAUUUCUAAACAUAGCAGUUACAAUUUAGCUCAACGAGAGAAUCUUACGGCGAUAACGCAAUCGGUUAUGUGCAAAUUAAAAGAGAUGGAGAUGGAUUAAUUAUGUACAGUGAAAAGUCGAGUUACUCCAGAGCACAAAGUACGAAAAGAAGGUUAUCGUGUUACAGCUGUAAUAAAUGAAGCACAAAGCUUAGUUCUGUCCUGCCAAUGCGAAGAUUGUGCAGCUUCUGCAGGUCAAGUAUUACGACAUUAAUGAAUAAUUAAACUGUUCAAAAAGAAGAUUAUUUUAAAUGCUAUGAGGUAUUUAUUAUCAUGACUAAAACUUUAUCAUAUACAGGUGGGUGCAAGCAUGCUGCUGCACUAUUGCUAUGGUGCACAGAAGGUCUGAGCAGCCUCCAAUUACGUCCGUCACAUGCUAUUGGAAGAAGUCGAAAUUAUCUACAUGUGCUUCUGGAAAAUCUGUCAGAAAAGCCAAAGAAAUGGGUCAAGUUUCAGUCAAUCACAGUUUCUCUCAAGUGGAUAUUUUAUAAGAAUUUGUAGAUGCUGUCAAUAAAAAAGAUUGUCGGGGAAGUAUUCUUCGCUACUUUCAAGGAGACAAGCAUUCAUAAGGUGUGUUCAAGCUUGAUUGGAAAGUUGGACUCUCCAGAAUCAUUUCUUGAAGCAUUAUCAAAGCAAAUGACCACUGAUAAUAUAAAUAUGGUAUUUUCCACCACCAAACAUCAAAGUGAUUCACCAAUGUGGUUUGAGUUGAGGUACGGCAGAAUUACUGGCUCAACUCUUUAUGAAGCCGCUCACUGUAGAACUAUAAAUGGUUCCCUUCUGAACGCAAUUAUGGGAGAACAUUCAAAAUUUACUUCCAUUGCGAUGAGUAGAGGGAAAAUACUAGAAAAAAAAGUUCUCAAAGUAGUAAGCAAGAAAGAAAAGAUUGAAAUUGAAGAAGCUGGACUACUUCUUAAUGCCGAGUAUCCUAUUUUUGGAGCAACACCUGAUGGGCUUACUGAAAAUUAUACAAUAGAAGUCAAAUAUCCUUCAACCGAAGCUGCCAUACUUUCCUAUGUGAAAUACAAUAAAAUAACACCAAAAUGUUGUGUGCCAUAUGAUAACAGCAUUGUAUCUGUAAUGAAUAUUGCAAAGAAAUUCUGGAUAGAUGCUGUAUUUCCGAAAUUAAAAGAUAUAUGUAAUAUAUAAGCACAUUUUUUUGUUUUUCAAAUAUUUCAUAAAUUUAUUAAAUAAAACUAUGCUUCGAAAA